CAGAGUUAGUAUCUUUAACUUCAAGUCUCCACUUUUGUUCAUAUGUAAAAUAUUUCUUUUAAAGAAAAAUAUAUAUGCAGAGAUCGGUACUGCUUGUGCUUUCUGGUUACAAAAUGUUGCAGUUAGAAAACAUCGAUAGUUAGAUAUAGAUCAAACGGGAUUUGAGGUACUAAAUAAAAUUUACGGGCUACAAUAGAAUUUGUCAUGGGAAAUAGUCUCAGCGGUACUAGUCUCUUCAGCGACGACAUGAAUUAUCCAUGCCGUGUACAACUAGGAAGAUAUGCAUUCAUCGAUGUGACAAAAACAAAUGACAGGGGUAUUUACAAUGAUGACCAAACUCCCAACGUGACCAAGAUGUUAUACGCCAUAGGUGUGUCGUCUAAAUGUGAACUCAAAUUGGAGAGAAGUUUUGGCAUCGAUUGUAAAAUGGCAUCCUUAUCUCUUCUUGAUGAAGACAGUGGUUCCACCGUUAAGGCUGAAAUUAGAAUAAGAAAAACUGAGGCAGGGUAUCUUGAGAGUAUUAAUCCUAAUAUCAACGUUGGUUCAAGUGGAUAUGCAGAUAUGGCACUUUCUGGUUGGGGUGACGAUUGCACCAGAACGAUUAAUGCAUGGGGAGGUGUCACAGAAUUAACAACAUUUCUCUAUGGUAAAGGAAGAAGGGGAGGUCUUGUUGUUAUAGAGUCGAAGAAAAAGAGUAUAAAUGAUCCAAAUCCCUAUAUGGUGACUGUAGCACACUAUUUAGCAGUUGAUGACGGAAAUUUUUUCCACCAAAAAAUGGAUAUUGGCCUGUCUGUGGUUGUAAAGAUUCAAGCAUCAAAUUACUUCGGAUUGAAAUUUACUGUUGAAGGCCCAGAGAAACACCCUAGUUCAUCAUUGUUUUACAUGUUUGAUGAAGUGAGAAAAAAUAAUGGGGCAUGGAAGCCUAGUUUGUGUCCUCAUUGUGCAAAACUUCAGAAGCAGCGUAAGUCCUCGCAGACGUCUGAGAGUGAAGACAAUGGUUAUUUACCACCAAGACAUGGUAAAGGUUAUAAGCAGAAUUCAGAAAGUAUGGUUGCCAAUGAUUCUCACGUUAAAGGGAAUUAUAAUGGUAGUUUGUUUGGGAAGCAUUUCCAUAUUUAUAAAAAGUGAAAUAUGUAAUCCUGUAAUAUGAAGAGAAAGAAAAUAUUGGUAAUAAUAAAAUAAAGAGGUUAGGGCUAGAUUACCCACAGAUAAAGAUGGGUAUCAUACCUAAUCAAUAAUAACAAACCAUAUUGUAACUAAGUAUGUUGUUAAUAAAAGAGCAUUUUAAAAUAUUGGUAAGUAAAUAUUGAGCAG